UCAGUCUCCGACUAUCUGCUCGACGGCAAUGGACGAUUCAACUAUCACGUCUCGCCACAAUAACAUGGCCAACCACAAGAGGAGGAUCAAGGCUGCAAUCACUGAUAUCAGCGACGCGCAGAAGAAAAAACCCUUCAUCUGCACGAUACGUGCGUAGCUGAAUGAACACACAUACAAUUGAAGCACAUUCGUGUUUGCUGACCUUUUCGAGGCCUUUGUGCUUUUCUUCAUCCUUCUCGCGACGCAGGCGAAGGAAUGUGUACAGAAGCCCUGCACCGAAACAGUUGCACGGCCCAUCAGCACACACACACACACACACACACAAAACUGAAGAAGUCUGACAGUGGGUCCUUUUGAUCUCGGGAACGCACCCGGAACGUCACAGCAGAGAGCUGCUACGGGCAGAAUGAUACGAGCCCAGAUUUCCGAGCACGCAUACAGGCACAUGAGGCUGCAAAACAUAUGCGAAGGGAUGGGCUGUAUGUCUGGCACUGUCUGCUGUGUUCAUGUGCGCAUACAUUGGAUCAAAGGGAACACCAUCGGAGGGAAGACAAAUAUCGGGCUGGCUGCAGAGGUCUGCAUUGGGUCUGAAUUUGUCCAUAUAACGUUUGUCCAGACGUGAGGCUCGAAGGACGGGGCCAACGAUGCCGAGGAAGACAACACUGCCGACGGUGAUGUAGAUGAGGCCAACGAUGCACAGGGCCCUCUCAUACCUGCGGAGCAUUCAUGUCGCAAGACAUCUUGAAAUUUCUGUCUACUUCUAUCCAUACAUACGGCCUGGUUGCAGAGGGCAGGUAGAGGAGGCCGAUUAAGGGCACCGUCAGCAGGAACAAGGUCAUGUAUGCCCAGGCGACGGAGACAAAGAUUCGAUGGGGCACCGAAUCGCCCUCCAAAGCCUUCUUCUGCGGAGGGGACAACAACACGGAUAAUAUGCACAUAGGAGAGACAUGCCUGCCAUCUGUACUCACGAUUGCCUUUUGGAAUCGGAGUGAUCGAAGGAGCACUGAAAUCUGGAGACACUCUCGGAGAGAGACAUAUGUGCAUUGACCAUUCAUCACUGUUCUUGCACCUCGGGAAUCCCGGUAUCUCUGAGCGAUUGUUGGCGAAAGAAUUCCAUAAAGAUUCCGAGCAU